AUGGCGGAAGCCGCAGGAGCGACUACUCUCCUCCCUGGCCUCCCGGACGAGAUCACCAUCGGGGAGAUCCUCGUCCGCCUGCCCCCUAAACCCCUCGUCCGCUGCCGCGCCGUCAGCCCCGCGUGGCGCCGCGCCACCUCCGCCCGCGAUUUCCUCCAGUCCAACCACACCCGCCAGCCCGCCCAGCCCCUCCUCUAUAGCCACAGCGACGUCGCCGACGGCGGCCAGUCCCUGGACAUCACUCUCUUCGACCACCGUGUAGGAGUCGCCGCCGCCGACCAGUUCCAGCGCGUCGCGCGACUGAAAGCGGUUCCCUUGGAAGGAGGGAUUGACGAUGGGAGUUUCACUCCCCUCUUCUAUCCGGUAGCCUCCUGCGACGGUCUCCUCCUCCUCUCCAUCCAGUGCGACCUCUGCAUCUGCAACCCGGCGACUCAACAGUAUGCUCCCCUCGAGCAGCUCGAUGGCUUCAUGACCGUGGGGUUCUACCCUCACCCCCCUACCGGCCAGUACCGACUGCUGCUGUACCAUGAAACAGAUCAACGUGCCGUCUAUGUGUUCUCAAUUGGCUCCAACCAGCCGCCGAGGCACAUAGGGCGCCCUGAUCCGCUGGCUGGCCACGGACUUCUGUUCCGUGGUAGCCUGCAUUGGCACACUGGCAACCGGAUAAUGGUAUUCGACACCACCACUGAGUCGUUCCGACAGAUCCGUUCCCCGGUUGACCAUGAGGACUAUGGACGACUGUUUGAGAUGCGUGACAUGCUGGGCAUCUUCUUUCUUAAUGAUGAAAAGACGACCAUUGAUAUUUGGGUGAUGCAGGACUACCAAGGCGAGGUCUGGGCUUUCAAGUGUUGGGUUGAAUUGCCUGUUGCUGAGAUCAGGGACCAGUGUCAAAAUUCUAGCCAUAUUGAGGAAGUGAUGGUUGUUAAUGGUGACGGUGAGUUGCUCGUGUUGGUUGGUUUUGAGGACUGGCUGUUUCAGGUUGAUAUUGAUGGCAAGUUGAUGGCCAGUUUCCAUGCCAGAGGCCUCCCUUCCGAUAAUAUUGUGCACAAGCAAACUCUUGUUCAACAUACCUUCUUUCCGACACUCGAGGGUUAUGUUAUCAACGAUUCACCUUUCAUUUGACCAGACGAUUAUGCUGUCAAUGGCUCAACGCUUAGGGUUAUUGAGUGUUGUGGUGUUUCUUAUUGGCCUAGCUCUCCAUGUCCACAUGAGCUGUUGUAUGUAUCAACUAGAUCCAUUAUUAAGCUUCUUUGUUCUUUGUUGAUGAAUAUAAAGAAGUAUGAUCAAGAAGCUGUGACUAUUAGAUGUAUUUUCAUUGAAUUCCCAUUGGG